GAACAAUUAACAAACCAUAAUUUACAUGCAAAUCCAUAAAUACCCUUCUUUCUCUCUCUUUCUCUUUCUCUUAUACCCAAUCUCAUUUCGCACACACACUCACUUUACAUCUUCAAACCCAGCUUCAAAGAAACCUAAUCUCUCUCUUUCUCUCUCUCUCCGAUUCGCACACUUCAAUCUGAUUCCAUUCCUUCCUUCUCUCAAGUUUCAUUCGUUUACUGCACUAUAUGCUUCCUAGAAAGAGAGCGAGCGAAGGAGGAGUGGUAGUUGAAGGAGAGAGUGACGCCGCUACUAACAGCAAUACUUCGAAGAAAGCUCGGAUCGGCUGCUUUGCUACCUGCUCGGGUGCAGAGGGAUCGGCGGUGAACGACAGCGGCCGGGGAUUCAGUGCCAGCGGGAGCGGCGGGGACAACAGCGGCGGCGGGAACUCGAUCGAAGCAAUGGCGUUCGGGGUCUCGCACCCAGCGGAGAUUGACGAGGAUCUACACAGUCGGCAGCUGGCCGUCUAUGGCCGGGAGACCAUGCGGAGGCUCUUCGCAUCCAGCGUCCUUGUUUCCGGGAUGAAGGGACUUGGCGUUGAGAUUGCGAAGAAUCUCAUUCUUGCUGGGGUGAAAUCUGUAACCUUGCAUGACGAAGGAGACGUGGAGUUAUGGGAUUUGUCCAGUAAUUUUGUGUUUUCAGAAAAUGAUGUUGGCAAGAACAGGGCAGUGGCUUCCGUUAGUAAGUUGCAGGAACUUAACAAUGCCGUGGUUGUACUAAGCUUGACAACUAAGCUGACUACAGAACAACUGGCUAAUUUUCAGGCUGUUGUUUUCACCGAAAUCAGUCUUGAGAAAGCCAUUGAGUUCGAUGAUUACUGCCACAGUCAUAAGCCUCCUAUUGCCUUUAUUAAAACUGAAGUUAGGGGCCUUUUUGGUUCUCUGUUUUGUGAUUUUGGGCCCGAGUUCACUGUUUUUGAUGUUGAUGGAGAGGAUCCUCAUACUGGUAUAAUUGCGUCCAUCAGCAAUGACAACCCAGCUCUAGUUUCCUGUGUUGAUGAUGAGAGGCUCGAGUUUCAGGAUGGAGAUCUGGUUACAUUCUCUGAAGUUCAUGGUAUGAAAGAGUUGAAUGAUGGAAAACCAAGAAGGAUAAAAAAUGCUAGAGCGUAUUCAUUCACUCUUGAAGAAGACACCACAAAUUAUGGUAGAUAUGAAAAGGGUGGUAUUGUCACGCAGGUCAAGCAACCAAAGGUUUUGAAUUUUAAACCACUGAGGGAAGCACUCAGUGAUCCAGGUGAUUUUCUUCUCAGUGAUUUUUCUAAGUUUGAUCGCCCACCACUACUGCAUUUAGCAUUCCAGGCUUUGGAUAAAUUCGUCUCCGAGAUUGGUCGCUACCCCGUUGCUGGUUCAGAGGAUGAUGCACAGAAACUUGUAUCCAUUGCCAGUGAUAUUAAUGAUAGCUUAGGUGAUGGAAAAUUGGAAGACGUGAAUCCAAAACUUCUACAACAAUUUGCCUCUGGUGCUCGGGCAGUAUUGAAUCCUAUGGCAGCUAUGUUUGGUGGAAUUGUAGGACAAGAGGUUGUAAAGGCAUGCUCUGGGAAAUUUCAUCCACUUUUUCAAUUUUUCUACUUUGACUCGGUGGAAUCGCUUCCUACGGAACCACUGGACCCUAAUGAUUUAAAACCGUUGAAUAGUCGUUAUGAUGCACAGAUUUCAGUUUUUGGACAAAAGUUGCAGAAGAAAUUAGAAGAUGCUGAAGUUUUUGUUGUUGGAUCUGGUGCAUUGGGAUGUGAAUUUUUGAAAAACCUUGCUCUAAUGGGAGUUUCUUGUGGCCAGGGAAAGCUGACAAUUACUGAUGAUGAUGUUAUAGAAAAGAGUAACCUGAGUAGACAGUUCCUCUUUCGUGAUUGGAAUAUUGGCCAGGCGAAGUCGACAGUUGCUUCUUCAGCUGCUGCUUCUAUAAAUCCCCGUCUGAAUAUUGAAGCACUGCAAAACCGUGUUGGCCCUGAAACUGAAAAUGUGUUUCAUGACACCUUCUGGGAAAAUUUGAGUGUUGUGAUUAAUGCAUUAGACAAUGUGAAUGCAAGACUGUAUGUUGAUCAGAGGUGCUUAUAUUUCCAGAAGCCACUUCUUGAAUCUGGAACACUUGGAGCCAAAUGCAAUACCCAAAUGGUCAUUCCCCACCUAACAGAAAAUUAUGGUGCAUCAAGAGAUCCACCUGAGAAACAGGCACCUAUGUGUACUGUUCACUCCUUUCCACACAACAUUGACCACUGCUUGACUUGGGCUCGGUCAGAGUUUGAGGGUUUGCUUGAGAAAACUCCAGCUGAAGUAAAUGCAUAUUUAUCUAAUCCAACCGAAUAUACUAACGGAAUGAGGAAUGCUGGUGAUGCUCAAGCAAGGGAUAACUUGGAGCGUGUUCUUGAGUGUUUGGAUGAGGACAAGUGCCUGACUUUUGAAGAUUGUAUUUCAUGGGCUAGGCUACGGUUUGAAGAUUAUUUUGCUAACCGGGUAAAACAAUUAAUUUAUACUUUUCCUGAAGAUGCUGCAACUAGUACUGGAGCUCCUUUCUGGUCUGCACCAAAACGAUUCCCUCGUCCACUGGAAUUCUCAUCAUCUGAUCCGGGUCAUCUGCAGUUUUUGAUGGCAGCUGCCAUAUUACGUGCAGAAACAUUUGGUAUUCCAAUCCCUGAUUGGGGUAAGAAUCCUAAGAAGUUGGCUGAAGCCGUUGAUUCAGUGAUUGUACCUGACUUUAAGCCCAAGAAAGACGCAAAAAUAGUGACAGAUGAGAAGGCAACCAGUCUCUCUUCUGCUUCUAUAGAUGAUGCAGCUGUGAUUAAUGAUCUAAUCGCCAAGUUAGAGGUGUGCCGGACAAAGCUGCAUCCAGAUUUCAGGAUGAAACCCGUUCAAUUUGAGAAGGAUGAUGAUACAAACUACCAUAUGGACCUGAUAGCUGGACUUGCUAACAUGAGGGCACGGAACUACAGCAUUCCUGAAGUUGACAAACUCAAGGCCAAGUUUAUUGCCGGGCGGAUCAUUCCAGCAAUUGCAACAUCAACUGCCAUGGCUACGGGGCUUGUAUGCCUGGAGCUGUACAAAGCUUUGGAUGGAGGGCACAAAGUGGAGGACUACAGAAACACGUUUGCCAACUUAGCAUUGCCUCUCUUUUCCAUUGCAGAGCCAGUUCCACCCAAGGUCAUCAAGCAUCAAGAUAUGAGUUGGACAGUUUGGGACAGAUGGAUCGUAAAAGACAAUCCUACGCUAAGGGAGCUUCUUGAUUGGCUGAAGGCGAAAGGUUUGAAUGCUUACAGUAUUUCAUGUGGAAGUUGUCUGCUCUAUAAUAGCAUGUUCCCUAAGCAUAAAGAGCGAAUGGACAGAAAGAUAGUGGAUUUGGCUAGGGAGGUGGCCAAGGUGGACAUACCUUCAUACCGGCGUCACUUGGAUGUGGUGGUUGCCUGUGAGGAUGAUGAAGACAAUGACAUUGACAUCCCCCAAAUAUCCAUCUAUUUCCGUUAGGUUCUUUUCGACUUAUCAGGUGUGUCCGAGACUUGGCUUUAGUUAGAAACAGAAUAUGCUUGACUUUCGGUUCCAUAUUCAUAAUGGCUAUACACAUGGCGACACUGUCGACCAUAUAUUUAUAUGAAUUGAAAAGUAACUUUAGUUCUUUGUAUGUUAUCUCGUUCUUGCGACGAUGAAAUGAUGUAAUUUCUGAAUAUAAAAAACCCUUGGCGACAGCGUCAUUGUGGAAAAUUUACUUAAUCAUGAUGAUACUUGAGGUCGCGUGAAAAA